AGGUUCGAGAAAUACUGACAGCCGUCAAGGGGCUGGAAUCCAUCGAUCCAGAGAUAACUCCUGCGGUCGUCAUGAACUGCCAAGACCCUGGCGACAGGUCGUCAAACAAACACCUCGACAGCAUCCUCGAAAGGUGGCUGCGAGAGGUCAAGGUCAUUACAGAUGCCAUCGAUGCGAUCGUUGACCCCAGGGUGCUGAUGGACAUGAGUGGUCAGUGGCAUUUUGUUUCUGCAAAAUUGUUAUAACUUAUUUAACCCACAAAUUGUGAACUGUGGCAUAGAUCAUUCUGUAGUGAGGAAGCUCUUCAGAGCUUUUUUAGUGCCUUUGGAAAUAGCAUUAAAUGACAUAGAAAUAUUGAUACAAAACCCCAAUAAGUAUAUAUUUUUAGAAAGGUAAAUGGAUGGGGAUAAAAUUGGCUAUAUUGUCCACCCCAUACAAAUUUUGUUCAGUGUUCGUGACCUUGGGGUGCUCAAGGGAAAAAAAAUCGACAAAUGUCUUGCUUUCAAGUGCUCAUAACAUCAUUAAUUUUUAUACAAUACAUUAAAAUACUAAUAUAAACGUGGUAGCAAAUUCAUUUAUCUUUCAGAAAAUGUAUAGUUUGCUAAGGUUUCAAUUACAAUUAAGCCUCUGAAAGCAAUUUGAGUAAUUUUAGGUCAUUUAUUACUGAAAAAAAAAAAAGAAACUGGGACCACAGCUAAAACCAAGUACAGCAUACAAAAUCUCAGGCAAUAAUUUUAUUACUAACAAGUAAACAUUUAAAAAGGAACUAUGGAACUGAUUUGGUUUGUCUAACUAUAAAAUUUAUUAGUUCUGAUCUAUAAUCUGUAGCUUCGUGACUAAAAUUCAGUCAGUCCUUGUCCGACCUCCGGGACUGGCUUGAAGUCUAACAGUAGGCCUACUGCAGUAUCACUAGGACCAGUAUCAGAUUCACUAGAAGAAGAAUCUGAAUUGAGAUCGUCAUGGGGAAUGUUAAAAUCAUCAUCAGUAUCACUUAAAUCCUCUCCUAAAAAGCUUUCAAAAAUAUUUCUUUUAGUUCUCGUAUUGAAUGCCCCGCCAUAGCUUUAUCCAUUUUAGCUUUUAAAAAAAUAGCGAUAUAAAACUCCAAUUAGAAAGUACUGAUUGUUAAGUUAUCAACAUACAGCUUGAAUUGGAAGAUGAUUUAAUUAUUAAUAAAUGGAACUGGCUAUAAUUCCAGUUAAAUAUUGGAUUGAAAGUUACUAUCUGACCGUGUUUUUUUUUAUCAGCCAAUUUUUUUGGCCGCCACAGUACAGAACGAAAAUAUCAGCCGUCUUUUUUUUCGGCAGACCACAGUUGUGGGUUAAUGUUUUAAGAACAUAAAUGCUAAGUGUUGAAAUGCAGCUUUAAAGAGAAAAUUUUAACAUUACAAAUUUACAUUGCAAUCAUAAUUUUGAAAAAUAGUAAUGUAGACAAAAUAACAAAUGACUUACAAUAUAAAAAAAAAAUAACCACAAUGUGAAUUUUAAAAUAUAAAUAUGUUAGUUUCAAAGUGUUCAAAUGGGAUUUUUUAAAAAUCAAUAUCAUCCUGAUCUAGUAAUUUUCGGCCCUAAAAAGAACAUUUUUGUAUGUUUAUACGACUUAAAAUAUACUAAUAGAAAAUGUAAAAAUGCGUGGGUGGUAAUUAAAUAAGUAAAAGCUAAAAUUUUCUUCGCUAGAGAACUUGUUGGCUAAAGAAAUAGAAGAAUUCAAGAAGAUGGAUGGUGGCCCACAGGCCAAGCUGGUUAAGUGCUACAUGAGAGUGAAAGGUUUAGUGGAGCGUCCGAUGGCCAUGGCCGAGCGUCUGGUGGAUGAAAACAGUGACCCUAUAUAUCGCAAUGGGCUCCGCUGUUUCAUACAGGCGUUGGCUGAAAGUAAGAAACAUAUUUUUAAACUCCAC